AUGGCUGCACUUUUGAGAUCAGUACGGCUUCUGAAAUGUUCGCCUUCGGGCUUUCUUCAAACAACAGGGACGAGCAGAAAUGGACCGCCGCUCAGUCGACUGUACAGUGGUGCGAUCGGUGGUAAAGGCUCCGGAGUCUGUUCAAGACAAAUCGUCCCAGGCCCCUACAGUGUACACAGGUAGCGUGAUGCUGGCUAGCCGGUCCAUGCUGGAUUGGCAUCCUACGGUUGUCAUUGAGCCUCAAUGACAGUCAUAGUUAUGCACCUAAACAUUAAUAUGACCCGUUAUCAUGAGAGCGUAUGUAUUGAUGUGUAUAUAUAUAUUAUACUGGUAUUAGCCUGUAUUAUUUAAUCAACAAACUAGCAUGUAUUAAAAAGAUGGCCUCCUUGCAUAAGUCCUAAUGACGUUCAAUUCACAGCUAAUUAUAACACAAUAAUGUAACGUUAGCUAGCUAUCUGUUCUAUGGGAUGACUAUUAACUAAUUGUAUUUAAACAAGUAACCCUGAUUCUGCACAAAUGAAUAUACAGAGAACUGCUGGCUAUGAUCUGAGGGCAUGACGCCAUCUUCUGCUCCCAUUAAAAUAAAAUAUUAGCUAACUCGGGAGGGGAUCGAUUAAGUUAUUGGCAAGGUUGGAAGGAUUUGCUAACUACACUUAGGCCUUCACAUGUGCCACAGUCCUGUAUAGGGUGUUGUGUGCCUUUCGGAUCAGGCAAGGAAGCAGGGGUGCUCAGGUCAAGGUCAUCAUUGUGGCCUCUAAUGGGAGAACCAAAUCUUGAUCUUUGCCGUAAACCAUAUAUAACCCAUUGCCCCUGUCAUCCCUCUGCAAGGUGUGUGUGGCCCUAUGCAGGGGUACGUCACUACGCCAUCGUCACAGAGCAAAGGGGGCUACCCACGGAUGACUCCAGUUUGGGUGUGCGCUCUAAGCAGGCCCAGCAGUUUGACUGGGCCCUGGCAAAGCUUGACAGUUCAGUGAGGAGGACAGGACGCGUCACCAAGACCCUGCUGCUGCGCAUCUUCCACGACAUCUGCCGAACAGGUAAAUAGUUAAGCAUCUUGACCACCUCUCCUUAAUUUAAGAACCUCAAAGACUAGCACCUCACUCCUUUUUUGUUUCGUAUUUUUUUCUACGUCUAGACAUGCUUCCCCUCCAACUAACCCAUGGCCUGUACUUCUAUGUUUUUUCUCUCUGUCUCAAGGCUAUCCCAGUGGGAAUCAGGCCCUGCUCCUCCUGCGGAGCUGUGGCUCUCUACUGCCUGAGAUGCCCCUGGUGGAACGCACUGAGCUGGCACACCGCAUCUGGGACAAGCUACAGGAGCUGGGUAUGAGGCCGUGGGCAUAGAACCCAAACCCAGAGGGCAUUAGUGGGACAGGGCACUGGGAAGAGAUUGUCAGUGGAUGUAGGAGGGUCAGAGGACAAUGUGGAUGGAGGUCCAACUGAAACUAAGUGCAGUAGGGAGCAAAAGAGGGCAUUUUCUCAAUGGAAUUGAUUAGCAUGAGAUAACUAUAAUAAUUUGCUUACUGGUUUGUGGUCAUAUUGGUAAUUAGUAAAUGUUCCUUUUUACUGUCAAGGUGCCUCAUACGAUGCCAGUCAUUACAACGCACUGCUCAAGGUAUACCUGCAGAACGAGUUCAAGUUCUCCCCCACAGAGUUCCUGGCCAAGAUGGAGGCAGCCGGCGUGCAGCCCAACAGAGUGAGUAGACUCACUGCCUCUUAUCUAUUAUCUUUAUAUUAUUUGAUGUUGAAGACUUUUACAGAAAAAAAUUAAGAACUGGAACUUUGUUUCUUUUCUUUUUUAAAUUUCUGUCUUUGUAUAUUGUAAUUGAGCACUUACGUCAUGAUAAAAUGAAGGUCUUCGAUAUAGAUGAAAGCUUGAGAUGACAGCUCUCCUCUGUUUAGGUGACCUUCCAGAGACUGAUUGCAGCCUACUGCCAUGAUGGGGACAUUGAGGGUGCCAGGUAAGACAGACUUUUACCAGUUUAUUAAGACAGAGACUUGAUAUCGGCGCAAUGUGAAGUGAAUGACUGUUUGUGUCCUUGUCACACUCCCUUUCAGUACAAUCCUGGGUUUCAUGAAGAGCAAGGACCUGCCAAUCACAGAGGCUGUUUUCAAUUCCUUAGUGACAGGUCAUGCGCGUGCAGGGUGAGUGUCACAUUUGAAUCCUCGUUUGUGUUGUAGGUUAUGUAUUUAUAAUGCAUGUCAAUGAUAAGUAGAAAUGUGGCCCUACUGCCUAAUUCUUAAUGUGUUUUGGUCUUAUUGUGUUGAGUUGUGAGUCUCUCGUGCCCAUACAGUGACAUGGAAAGUUCAGAGAGCAUCAUUCCAGUCAUGAAGGGAGCGGGCAUCGAGCCGGGACCAGACACAUAUGUGGCACUGCUCAACGCCUAUGCAGAGAAAGGAGAUAUGAACAAGAUCAAACAGGUGAGUGGACCAUUGGGUUUGUGUGAGUGGACACAAUCUAGUACGUAAAUUCACUAUGACACCUUGUAGUGUGUACGUCAGGGUUUCCGUUAGCCGUUAAUAGCCGACGUUUUGUAAACAUAUAUAUUUUUUUUAUCCAAUAAAGAAAAUUGCAGCCUGCAAAUUAUCCGGGAGAAGAAGAAAAAAUUGCAUUGCGAAAUAAUGCUUUUUAGCCUAUUCAUUGAUGGAAAUACCAGUCGAUGGAAAUAGAUUUGACUGGUCAUGCUUAUCGGUCUAUAGGUUGAUUUACAUAAUUUAGUGGAAUUAAAUUGGCGCGUGUAGAGUAUUUUCGUUAUGUACUGUGCAUUCGGAAAGUAUUAAGACCAUUUGACUUUUUCCACAUUUUGUUACGUUACAGCUUUGUUCUAAAAUGGAUAAAAUAAAAAAAUGUCUCAUCAAUCUACACACAAUACCCCAUUAUGACAAAGCAAAACCAGGUUUUUAGAUUUUUUUGCAAAUGUAUUAAAAAUAAAUAGCAUAUACUAUAUUUACAUAAGUAUUCAGACUCGAAAUUGAGCUCAGGUGCAUCCUGUUUCCAUUGAUCAUCCUUGAGAUGUUUCUACAACAUGAUUGGAGUCCACCUGUGGUAAAUUCAAUUGAUUCAACAUGAUUUUGAAAGGUACACACCUCUCUUUAUAAGGUCCCACAGUUGACAGAGCAUGUCAGAGCAGAAACCAAGCCAUUAGGUCGAAGGAAUUGUACGUAGAGUUCCGAGACAGGAUCGUGUCGAGGCACAGAUCUGGGGAAGGGUACCAAAAAAUGUCUGAAGCAUUGAAGGUCCCCAGGAGCACAGUGGCUUCCGUCAUUCUUAAAUGGAAGAAGUUUGGAACCACCAAGACUCUUCCUAGAGCUGGCCGCCCGGCCAAACUGAGCAAUCGGUGGAGAAGGGUCUUGGUCAGGGAGGUGACCAAGAACCCCAUGGUCACUCUGACAGAGCUCCAGAGUUCCUCUGUGGAGAUGGGAGAACCUUCCCGAAGUACAACCAUCUCUGCAGCACUCCACCAAUCAAGCCUUUAUGGGAGAGUGGCCAGACGGAAGCCACUCCUCAGUAAAAGGCACAUGACAGCCCGCUUGGAGGCACCUAAAGAACUCUCAGACCAUGAGAAACAAGAUUCUCUGGUCUGAUGAAACCAAGAUUGAACUCAUUGGCCUUUGGAGGAAACCUGGCACCACCCCUACAGUGAAGCAUGGUGGUGGCAGCAUCAUGCUGUGGGGAUGUUUUUCAGUGGUAGGGACUGGGAGACUAGUCAGGAUCGAGGGAAAGAUGUACGUAGCAAAGUACAGAGAGAUCCUUGAUGAAAAUCUGAUCCAUAGCUGUGCAGCAACGCUCCCCGUCCAACCUGACAGAGCUUGAGAGGAUCUGCAGAGAAGAAUGGGAGAAACUCCACAAGCUUGUAGCGUCAUAUACCCAAGAAGACUCGAGGCUGUAAGGUGCUUCAACAAAGUACUGAGUAAAGGGUCUGAAUACUUAUGUUAAUGUGAUAUUUGCAAAAAUUUCGAAACCUCUUUUUGCUUUGUCAUUAUGGGGUAUUGUGUUUUGAUUGAAGGGGGAAAAAAUGAUUUAAUCCAUUUUAGAAUAAGGCUGUAACGUAACGUGGAUAAAAUCAAGGGGUCUGAAUACUUUCCGAAUGCACUAUCUUAUCUAUCACACGCCUACAGCCUACAGCAUACAGAUACAGAGCCUUUGAGUGGAAAAUCUGUCUGACAGCGCAAGAGCUGCUGCUGCAGCAUCUUGUGGUGCUUUCAAGACAACUGGGAACUCUGAAAAAUACAAGGUCAAAUCAUGACAUCAGUGAUCUUCAGGUUGGAAAGUCGGACCUCUAGAAAGAGGCCUGAGUUCUCGAGUUGGAAUUCCGAGUUGGAUGACCGUUCAAAAAGGUUUUUCCCAGUCGGAGCUCGUUUUUUCCCCCCCACUUGUCUUGAACACACUGAAGUCGGAAGUCGGAGAUUUCCGAGUUCCCAGUUGUUUUGAACGCGGCAUCAAACGGCAAUGGAAGGCAGGCUUCAUCAGCGUGUCACAGACCACUUUGCAGUGAGCUGUAGGCAGUAGGCUAUGCAUUUUGAAAACGUAUAUACUUAAUUGUUUGAAACCUGAACGUUUGAAUAUAUAUUAUGAGGCAUAUCUUGCUUCAAAGUAACCUAUUAGAGUGCCUCUCUUUCUAAAUUUCUAAUGGAUAAUUUCAUCUGUCACAUGAAACCGCUCGCAUGUGCAGUGCCCUUUUGACAAGUGUUUUUCCGUUAAUUGCAUUAUUGAAUUAACUUUUGCGCGUAGUCUGCUGCCUUAUGCGCACUGCUGCACUUAUGUGUCCUCUGUAGCUCAGCUGGUAGAGCACGGCGCUUGUAACGCCAAGGUAGUGGGUUCGAUCCCCGGGACCACCCAUACACAAAAAAUGUAUGCACGCAUGACUGUAAGUCGCUUUGGAUAAAAGCGUCUGCUAAAUGGCAUAUUAUAUUAUUAUUAUAUUAUAAUGUGAAUAAAUAAGUUUAUCAACAUUUUAAGCGAAAUGUUUCGAUCUGUUGCGUCAGACUCAUUGCUUUUUAAGUAAAAACAAUUGUUUUUGUUGCCUAGGCCUACUGGUUGUAUGCAUUUGGGAUAUACCAUCCCAAAACUGUCCCAGAAUCUGUUUGGAAUAGGCUAUUUCUUUCUCGACAAGCUGACCAAUAGAAUAAUUAGCCUAAACUUUUCUCCUAUAGUAGAUUGACAUAGGCUAGUGAUCUUGCUGUUCAUUAUUCGUCUUGUUGGCUGAGGAAAAGUAAAUGUGGACAGUCUAUCAUGUUCAAAGUGCACAUCAGAAUUUGGUAAGAAGGACCGCACAUCGUUGCAUCCUCGACUUGCAUGUUCUGUUAAUAUGAAUUACCAUAUUCAAAAUGUGAUUUCUGUCAUUCUGAGCACCGUGGGUGGAUGCCCUAAUCAGGUUAUGCACCCAAUGCAUAUGGUUCCGGUAAAUCUAAAAUGUUGCCGGUCAACAGAAACCCUGGUGUGUGUUUGUGUGAACUGACCCUCCCGUGUGUCCCGUCCCCAGACUCUGGAGGCUGUGGAGAACACAGACACCAGUCUGAUGGACAGAGACCUGAUGCAGGUGGUAUUCAGCCUGUCCAAGGCAGGCCAUCAGCAGCACGUACCAGAGAUAGUGGAGCGUAUGAGACACGAGAGAGGAUAUGUACCAGGUAUGAUCAGCUCCAGAGGACUGGGUGGGCUAAGCACUUUUACAGUGAUUUUCAGGAACUUGCCAUGCAAGUGAAGGUAAACACUUGACUUUAUUGUUGCGGGGUCCUGUACUUAGACGGUGCAGGGACUACAACUACCCCUGAACGUUCUGGUUAUGCGUUGUUGAGAUAACGAAGAUGAUGAUAUUGAUGAAUUGAAUGUCAAUUGGAUGAGAACACAUCUCCCCCCCCCCCGUAGAUGCUAUGAACCUGUGUCUGAGCCUGAUCACCCAGGGCCAGGAGGACACAGCCUUCACUGUGCUGAAGACCUUUCCCACCCUGCAGCAAGAGACCCAGAGCGGAGACUCCCCCAACCUGGGAAACUUCUUUCUGCGACACUGUGUCAACAUGGACAAGGUAAGGCUUUCAGGGUUGUCAGUAUUUCCACUGCAAUGUUUUAAAACAAAUUAUUAGAAAAUAAUUUUCCGGAUGGGAAAACGUUUUCAGUGUAAACGUAAACAAUUAAAACCAGAUAAAUUAUGUAGAAAAGAUAAUGGAUCAAUAUAUUUUUUAAUAAGAUCAUCUUUGAGAACUAACAAUUACCAAAAUAAAAACUAGACAGUCAGGGAGAAUUUAAAAAAUGUCAUGGCAUGGGGCCUUUGUUAUAAUGUUUGAGUCACUCAGAUUGCAUAACAACAAGGCAUAAUUAGCUUUGAUUAGCUUUGAAACUACAUAUUUCCUCUCUGCCCCAUGGCAAAAUGUGUAGAAUUGCAGGAAAUGAGCUUUAACAGCAAAAUUGUCGCUGCGGUCAAGAGGGGCCUCUAAAACCGCGCCAUUGGCCACUACCGCGUCCCCCUCCCCCCGAUAACUAUGCCACUGCUGCUGAAAACAUUCAUGGGGGAAACACUGGUUCUAGACCAGGAUUGCCCAAGCUCGCCUCCUGGAGAGAUACCCUUCUGCACACUUUAGUUCCAACCCUUAUCUACCACACCUGAUUCUACAAAUGAGCUGCUCAUAAAUGUCCAUCUGUCUCUGUUUUUAGCCAGUGGAGAAGGUAGCCCGCUACUGCAAGGAGCUGCAGGACUCCAGCUACCACGCUACACCCCUGCAGUUCACCCUGUACUGCUGCCUGGAGGCCAAGAAGACUGGUACGCUACAUCCUCCUGAGAAAUGCACAGGGACGACAGAGAGGAGGAGUAGGAGGCUACACACCAGAGGGAGUUUUUCACCAUCUCUCUAAUCUUUUCUCCAGCUACUGCGGUGGAGUUGAUGAAGAUGAUGAAGGAACAGGGACAACCCAUCAGACCCCACUACUUCUGGCCCCUCCUCACACAACAUGCCAAGGACCAGAACACAACAGGUAUGGAAACAUGAUUAAAACCCAGAAACACAAAACCAUUUGAUUUUAAAAUACUGAUAAAUAGGGAUUGAAUGGGUCGUUUCAGCUCCAGUGUCCUCUCGAUAGCACCCUCUAACUUCAUUUGUUUAGCCCAUUCAUGCGUUGUUGUUGGAGAUUCAGAUAUGAACCAGUACCACCCUCUGGACUGGCCAUUGUAGUAGAUUGAAGAUCCAAGUUGACCUCCCAUCGUAGCUUCACUUGCCAGGGUGUCCCUGUGUCACUCUCCGCUCUUCACGGGGAUAACACAGAGAGUGACAGGGUUCAGAAUGAGUGAGGGAGCUGUCCGUCACAGCCUUGUGGAUGGCGACGCCUCCAUGCCAUUUCCUGGUGGGUGCCGGUUCUGAUCCCUAACCCACCACAGGGCAUGACGGGACCUGUCUGAUGUCACUGUCUGAGAGGUCACUCACAUGAUAUACACCCACAGACUUCUCGCUCUCUCUCUCUCUCUCUCUCUCUCCAAUACCACAAAUAUAUUUUAUGAGAAAGGCGCUCCUCGAACUAGAUGCUGUGAUGCUUGAAAUAGUUGUUCUAAAAUGUGUGCAUGUUGAGGUAUUGGUUUAAAGUCACUGUGGUAGAAAGGCAUAUGUAUGUGAGAGCCUAACGUGAUGCCCUGAGGGCCAAUGCUGCUGUGUGUCUGUCUGCUGUAGAGAUUUAGACUUUAUGUAGUACUCUGGAUAGAGAGAGGCUCUCGGAGCCCACAGUAUACUCAGGCCUGGCCAGGUUAUGACUUCUCCAGACCGCUCCUUCGUAAGAAGCUUUUAGAAGAGCAGGGCCUGUCAAAUAUUUAUGGGCCAGAGUGUUCCACCCUGGAAGGAUUUCACUGGUUUGGGGGCAAGGGGGGGAAAGAGGUCGGAUCUGAGCCUGAGAUGAAGAGCGGGCACUCUAGGCAGAACGGAUAAUGAUAACCCCCCCCCUCUUUCUCUCUCAGGGGACCUCUCUGGAAUAGAUCUUAUUAAAGGUCAAGGAAGGUCGAAGGAUAACUACGUUCUUAUUCUCCUCCAAGACUAAAACAGGCCCAGGACUGGACGUUGUUUUGGUUGACUGACUGUCAAACUGUACUUUCCGUUCUUCCUCUUUUGUUGCUCGGCUGCGUUCCAUCUUUUGCAGUACCUCACUCCUUUUCAUCGUCUCUCAGUGAAUUAGCACAAUGGCAGGUUUAUCUAAGCGAUGCCCUUCUCUCUCAUAUGAGGAGGAGUCUGAUGUGACCUCUACCCUGCCCUGAGGGGGAAAGGAUGGAGUCCCCCUUUUGGGGGGGGGGGGGAUUGGGGGAGGAUAGACUGAGGGGUUUAAUCCCCCACCCCCUACCUACUCCUGGGGGCUGUGGGGCUGAGGGAUCACAGGUCAUUCUGCUACAGUGGCUGUGGAGGCCUCUGGUCUCCUAUAGUCCAGUCUCAGCCCUGAGGAAACUACAGGGCGUCAUGGGAGACUGGGGUUCAGCUAAGGGUCAAACUAACGUUUAGGAGCAGAUCAGCCUUCCAACAGUGAUUGGGAGUGUUUUCAUAUACUAAUAUAGAAAACGAUGAAUUGUGUUGCUACUGUAUUUCAGAAAGAUAAACGGCUAGACUGAAAUGGUCCAAGGCGAGUUCAAAUUCAUGUCAUAAUGACCAUGUUUGGACAAUGUUCUGCCUUUGAGAAGUGAUACAUCCUUGUCUUUAUGUCCUUGGAGUCUUAGUUAUAGGUGAGAUGGGCUGCUUCAGAAGGUUCAGAGCAGUGUGCUAGCAGACUCCACCCUGGCUUGAACAUACCGGACAUAGAUUUAGUUGUCAGACCGCUUAGCGGAAACAAAAACGUAUCUUUCUUUUGCACACUGGUUGUCCCUGCGUUGUUAGCCUUAACCCUCAUGAAUGAUGCAGCCUCUCUAUGGCUGCAGGAGGGGCGUGUAUGUGUGUCCGUCCGUGUGUGUCCGUGUGUGUGUGUGUGUGUGUAAAAGCGUUCGGGGGGCAGCAUGGUGGAGGUGAUGUGACGGAUGCAGAGUGACUUGAUUUCAUGUAAAUGCGAGCGCUCUGAGGGAAUUCACUUUGGAUUACGCGCACCACUGCACCGGCAUGAAAUAUUAAGCGCCAUGUCACUUUCUGUCCACAGGUGUCACUGGCGGGCAGGAGCGGGGCAGAAAAACUUAGCAUUUUGAUGAGGUGUGGAUUUGGGUAGGCGAGUUAGAGGAAGCAUAUGCUCUGCUUUUGUUCCCACCAGCCGUGAGCCACGGCCGGCUUGUCAUCCCUGAGCAGGGAGCUUAUCGCUUGUGACAACGGCGAGAGGGAAAGCGAGAAAGUGGUACAGCGGGCUGCCUCCGUUCGCCUCUGCUUUACGAAGAGGCUUUUAUGUUUUGGGAGGCGCAGAUUAAAGCCCCCAUGCCACGAGGCAUCCAGUCUAUUUCCCCCCCCCCCCCCCCAACCAACUCCCUCGACCUCUUCAACACAUGCUCCCUCCUCUCCCUCUAAAGCAGCUCUCACCACUUCCUCUCCCGCCGUCCCUCAGUCCACCCUGUGAGUGUCAGUGUGUGGUAAUUAAUGGAACAAGAAGUGAUUCCAUCUGACAUCGUCAUAGCCACCUGUACUCCUAGAGACAAAAACCGAGAGAGAGACCGAGGGAGGGAGGGGGAGAGCGAGGCACAGAAGGUACAUGUACUCAUUUCAAGGACAGAGGAGUGUAGGAAAUAGCAACCAGUUCACUUCACUCUGGUCCUCUCAUCUCUCCUUGCUAUUCUCUGUUCUCUUUCAUUUUCCCUUUGAGUCUCUUUGUCUGUCUCUUGUCAGAUGGUAUCUCAUCGUGUCGCCUCUGCCUCAGUGGACAUGUAGUUAUAGUCUGGCCUGGGCAUAUACCAGAACGUCUAAGGUGAGGAUUAAGCCUUCAUUCCCAAGGAGUCAGUCUAGUCAGUCACAAUGAAGUUCCUCUGCUGUGCUCCAGCCAGUCUCAGGUCUCACCUGUGCAAUAUUAGAGGGCUAGAUAUUCCCACAGUGUGAAUUCUGCCUCAAUUGUGAGAUGAAGUGCACUUGAAAAAGCUCAAAAGAAAUGUUAGCUAACCCCUCUUAAGAGUCUUAACACCUUUUACCUAAAUAUCAAAAGGAUAUGAAUACUCUAUGCAGUGAGUAUAUGAAGCCUGUUUGUAACCCCGAUGUUUGGCGUUAGUUCACCGAAUAACCACUGAAUCAGCGCCUACCCUGCUGCUUUUAAAAGCUUCUCACUCCCUCGCACACUUGCACGGCGUGAAUCAGUGAAAAGUGCUGAUUCUAGAAGCCCAUGUGAGAACCAGGUCACAUACAGUAUAUACUGAACAAAAAUAUAAACGCAACAAUGAUUUUACUGAGUUACAGUUCAUAUAAGGAAAUCAGUCAAUUUAAAUACAUUAAUUGGGCCCUAAUCUAUGGAUUUUGCAUGACUGGCCCGCCUACUGGGGAGCCAGGCCCAGCCAAUCAGAAUGCGUUUUUCCCUACAAAAGGGCUUUAUUACAGACAGAAAUACUCUUCAGUUUCAUCAGCUGUCCGGGUUUCUGGUCUCAGAUGAUCCCGAAGGUGAGGAAGCCGGAUGUGGAGGUCCUGGGCUGGCUUGGUUACAUGUGGUCUGCGGUUGUGAGGCCUGUUGGACGUACUGCCAAAUUCUUUAAAAUGACGUUGGUUUAUGGUAGAGAAAUUAACAUUCAAUUCUCUGGCAGAAGCUCUGGUAGAUAUUCCUGUAGUCAGUAUGCCAAUUGCGCGCUCCCUCAACUUGAGACAUCUGUGGCAUUGUGCUGUGUGACAAAACUGCACAUUUUAGAGUGGCCUUUUAUUGUCCCCAGCACAAGGUGCACCUGUGUAAUGAUCAUUACAGUUUAAUUAGCUUCUUGGAAUGCAACACCUGUCAGGUGGAUCUUGGCAAAAGAUAAAUACUAACAGGGAUGUAAACAAAUUUGUGCAAAUCAUUUGAGAGAAAUAAGCUUUUUGCGCAUAGGGAAAUUUCUGGCUCUUUUUAUUUUAGCUCAUGAAACAUGGGACCAACACUUUACAUGUUGCGUUUAUAUUUUUGUACAGUAUACAUUUACCAGCUCCAUUGACAUGUUUUCUAUCAGUCUGGUUUCCCAGAAAUGGAUCAUGGAUUAUUAAACAGGAAAACAGGUGCUCUUCUCCUUUCAUAAAAAAAAAUGAAGAAAGGAUGAGAGGACUCCCGGGCUCCAUUGAGAAGAAAGCAUCAGAUCGGCUUUUUACUUUUUCUUGAAAGCAGAGAGGGUAGUGAGCUGUGAGAGAGGGGGAUGAAUGAAGGGAAUAUAUAGAAUGAUGGAGUGGCCUGAGUGGUCCAGGUGCCCUACCUGGUUAAUGCUACCCCUCUCCUUCUCUACCUCCACCCCCGGCUGGAGCUCCUAAGUUAGGUUUUAAUGGUGGAUAAAAGCAGAUCCUUAUCUUUUAUUCAGGUGUGUUGGGGCAGUGGAGGGUAUUACCAGGUGAACAGAGACCCUCCCUAGAGGACUGAGAUACAGAGCGCUGUGUGGGCCUGAGUGAAGUGUAAACACCACAAACACACACACAGAGAACGAGAGAGAUGGAGCCAGGGUGUAUGUGCUCUCACAUACAGCACCGAAACACUUAGCCUGCCCUCUUGCUGAAGUCUGCAUGGAAACAUGCAUGAACACAUAGAUAGGUAUUUCUAACCCUCAGAAACGCACACACAGUCACACUGGUUCAUUCCACUCUUGGCCCAUCUCAUAUGUCCAUCCAGGCCUAGGCAGCAAUGUGCCUGUUCCAUAUUCAUGUGGCCGCUCCCGGGGAGGGUGUGCCUGGGGCAGGGGCCAAGGGUUCUGCUGGAGAGGAGAGCAGAGUAGUGGUAAUGGGUUUGGAGUCCACCCUAGGCCCGUCCCCUCAACCUCUGGUUGCUGCAGGGUUGGGUCAAUUCCAUUUCAACUCAGAAAGUAACCCCAAUUCCACAUUUUCCUCACUCAAAAGCAUUGAAGAGAAUUGGAAUUGGUUUUGGAAUUUCAGUGUGCUUCCUGAAUUGACUGGAAUUGGAAAUGGGUUUGACCCCAACCCCGAUGUCCACUGUUGUACUGUGCUGUAGCAGGGCUGGGUAUCCCCAUCUGAGUGUUGAUGUUCCUCCAGGUAUCAUGGAGGUGUUGAAGGGCAUGCAGGAAGUGGAUGUACCAGCUGAUGUAGAGACAAUGUCCAUCUACGUCCUGCCUGCUUUCCCAAACGUAGAUGCUGCCCGGGACGCAUUCAAGGUACCGUGUGUGUGUGUGUGUGUGUGUGUGUAGGGUGGGUGGCCUCCACAUCCACAUGAAGUGGCACCAGCGCCUGAAGCGCUAACCCAACCCCCCCAACGCACGAGAUGUGUGCGUGCGUUGCUAGUUUCUGAUAGUCUUGGUUAUCUUGGCGUCUGUAUGAGCAGGUGUGUGAAGCGUGUGCACGGUUGCAUUUUAUAAAUAUUUUUUUUUUGUGUUGUGUUGCCAUGUGUUCAUGUGAAUGGUGUGUAUUUGUCGUAGGAGAUGGGCUGCUCCUUGGAGUCUGAGGGUUUCUUGUCCUCUGAGGUGCGCUCUGAGGCUAGCAGUGGGAACCUGGCAGGACUGUUGGUUACCAGUGAGUAUCUACCUGUAUUUCAACUCUAUCUUAAUGGCUUCCUCUGGUCAUUCAACAUGUCAAAAAACACAUCUAUUACAGGUAAUUAUGCCGAUAAUCAUGUCUAAUGCACCUUCUUUGUUCACUUAUGUACACCAACAUACAUUCAUGAUGGCCCCAUUCCAAGUCACUCAUAGUGCCUCUGAUGUCUAUGUGAACUACCUACCUAGCGUAACUCUCUGGGCCCAGGGUUAGCUUUUUGAGGGAGGACCGACUCGUCAUCAGCAUCUGGCUUCUGUUUCUCCUGGAGUCUUAUUGCCCCCAUCAGAGCGCUGUCUCUCGCCCCCUCUUCUCUUGCUCUCUUUCGCUGUCUCUCUGCUCCCCACACACUCCCCGCUCAUCAGGGCUUUUAAGUGAUUAGUGUGUGUGAAUAUGUUAGGAGGAGCGGGGGAUCGAGGGAGCGACUCGCCUAAACUGGUGGAGGUGAAGAGCGAUUGGGGGGGUGAGAUGGAGGGGUGUUUAAUAAUGGAUGCUCGUUCGCUCAUCUCGUUUUAGCCCCUCUACCCGUUUUCUCUCGUUCUCUUAAUCUGUCACGCACCAUCUCUUUUUUUGUCCUUCUGGUUGCUUGGAUAUUUGUCUUGAGUCUUCUUGGUCUUUCACACCACAUUGACAUGCCACUUAUAUCUAUGAAGGCUUUGGGAAACCAAACAUCCUUAGUGUUCUCCUCAGAAUGUGUCUGUUUCUCUCUCCCUCUCCAGUGUCUGCUCCUUCCUUCCCUGCCCUGGACCUGAGUACCUUCAGAGGAAGUCUCAUCCAGGGCUUCAGAAGGUGAGUUGUCUUACGUCGUAACUGUUUUUAGAGUAAGAGUGCUCUGUUUCUCUUUACAAGUGUGUAUGUGCAAAUGUGUUUGCCUUCUCGCCCAUGUUUCUAAACAGGCUUAUGAAAGCCCCUGGCAACAUGGGGUUUAUGACUUGUGAAUAACUACAUAUGUUACUUGUGUCCCCCUCCCCUGUCAGUGAGUGAGUGAGGGAGUGAGUUAGAGACUGCGGUGUUCUCCCUGCAGCGGGCCACCCAGUUCCGGGCCCUGACUGCCUCAUGCUUAUGGACACAGUCAGUCAGUGGUCCUGACCUGCAGCCCUGGCCCAGGAGCACCCUGGGAGAUAUGUUAAUGAGUCUACUCUGAGCCCCGCCCCUAAGGCUCUGCCCUCACCCUACCCAGCCUGAGGUCUGUAGGCUGGCUACAGGCAGGAGGGCAAUGAUGUAAAUAUUUACACCCACUCCUCCCUCUCUUUCUCCCUCCCGCCCUCAACUGUCUUGACCCUCCCAGGGAGCCCAGAGGUCCUGGCAUACUUACUGGUGUUUGUGUCGCUUCUGUCCUGUCCUCCCCUCACACCAAUAUACACACACACAGUCAUUAGUUAUGGUUAUGAAAUAAUAAUUAAAGUGAAAUGGAGAGAUUGCGGCCUAGUUGAAGAGAGACUUUCCUGUGGUUUUUGGGCUGAUAUUGCAGAUGUCAGAAACAUAAUCACCUUCUUCUCAGGAGUAAGAUUGAUACGUUUCUAGAUGUAUGUCGUGAAUGAUUUAGACUACAUCUGUACUCUUUUCUCUCUGGACGAUGUUCCUGGUAGCAUGGUUGUCUGCUAUAGACUCAUCUGUGAGCCGUGCGGUGCUGUCGUUGCCAGGCAGCCUGUCACGCCCAUAAUUGGGGUUGAUGCCAAAGAAGAGGGGUGUGUCACUGGGGAGGGGGGGCUGUGUCAGAACCAUGUCACUACACUCCGCAACCUGCUCCUGUCAGAGCAAGGUCAGGGGAUAAUUUAAUCAUUAAAGACCCCCCCGCUCCCUCCACCCUCCUCUCAUCUUGUCUCUGUGCCUCUCAAACCAGCUGACAACGCCACAUACGCACGACGGCCGUGUCAUCAUAAUUUAGGAAUGGUUUUGUGUGUGUGUGUGUCUGACAUGGUUUUCGAGUGACUAUUCAGUGUGUGUAGGAUAAUGUGUAGGAUGCCUGUUUUCUUCCCUUAAGUCAAUUUCCUCUCAUCCUCAGAUGAUUUGUCAAGGCAAAGUGGCAGUCCUCUUCUCUGUCCUGUGUAUAUAUUUCCCUGGUGCAUCAUUUUCGGGGAUCAUGGUAUCAGUUAGACCAUUCAGAAUGUAUCAUUUGCUCCAUCAGAAUGCCCAGGUUCUUAUCAUCCCUGCGUUUUACUGGCGUUUUGCCGUGUGACAUUAAUAGAAUUGUGUCCGGUUGUGUCGUGUUCAUAGGGACUCGUAUGUCAGUAAUCUACUGUAAUAUUGUUCUCAUAGAAGCUUGCUUUAUGUCUCUGUGCUGAUUUCCUGUGAGUAUGUAUGUGGCUGCGUUUACACUGGUCUUUCAACCAAUCACAUCGGAUCUUUUUUUAGAUAAUUAGUGAAAAAAAUAUCAGAAUUGGGCUGCCUGUGUGAAUUCAGCCUAAGUAUCCUGAUUCUGUGUACUGAUUCCUGUCUGUAUGUCUGUAUCCUGAUGUCUUGUCCUCUGCUACCCCCUACAGGUCUGAUGAUGUGGAGAGCAUGUCUAAAGUAAGACGAUGCACAGCGCUGCUUGGUUUCAGCUCUGUUCAUAAUCGCAUGUGGAGAAACUGGCAGGGGUUUAUUGAAGAGGGUGGAAGGUUCAGAAUGUUGCAGAUAGAAAUGUAUGACAUGUAAAAGCUUGAUUGUAAUUUCGAUAUGACAUAUAGACUUACCACUUUUAUAGAUUAUAUUUAUUUCUGCAAAUAGUUUUUUCUAACCCUUCCCCUCUUGAUUGCAUUGCACUGAUACAGUGAUACAGGCAUUUAAAAGGCAACAAUAUGACUGCUAUAUAAUUCUGGGGCAUGAGUUUUCACUAUUCAGGUGUGAUGCUUGACCCUGCAAUUUGUAUGUAGGUGUGUAUGUGUAUGAGAUGCAUGUCUAAGGUUAUGCUUGUUUUCAGAUCACUGAGCUGCUGUACAAAGAUGAGCGUUUCUCUCAGGGAGCUACAGGAUCUGCUGGUAAGAUCAUUUGUGAAUGGAUGAAAAUCUGACCAUAACAACGCUAUCUAUUUUAUUUUUGUUAAAUUUUAGUCAUUUAGCAUACACUCUUAUCCAGUAGUGAGCGCAUACAUUUUCAUACUGUCAGAAUAAUUGUAGUGAGAAUUAUAUAUUUUAAUCUUUUAUUUAUUUCAUCACAUUCCCAGUGGGUCAGAAGUUUACAUACACUCAAUUAGUAUUUGGUAGCAUUGCCUUUAAAUUGUUUAACUUGGGUCAAACGUUUCGGGUAGUCUUCCACAAGCUUCCCACAAUAAGUUGGGUGAAUUUUGGCCCAUUCCGCCUGACAGAGCUGGUGUAACUGAGUCAGGUUUGUAGGCUUCCUACUUUUUCAUUUCUGCCCACAAAUCUUCUAUAGGAUUGAGGUCAGGUUUUGUGAUGGCCACUCCAAUACCUUGACUUGGUUGUCCUUAAGCCAUUUUGCCACAACUUUGGAAGUAUGCUUGGGGUCAUUGUCCAUUUGGAAGACCCAUUUGCGACCAAGCUUUAACUUCCUGACUGAUGUCUUGAGCUUAAAUAUAUCCACAUAAUUUUCCUUCCUCAUGAUGCCAUCUAUUUUGUGAAGUGCACCAGUCCCUCCUGCAGCAAAGCACCCCCACAGCAUGAUGCUGCCACCCCCGUGCUUCACGGUUGGGAUGGUGUUCUUCGUCUUGCAAUUGUCCCACUUUAUCCUCCAAACAUAACGAUGGUCAUUAUGGCCAAACAGUUCUAUUUUUGUUUCAACAGACCAGAGGACAUUUCUCAAAAAAGUACGAUCUUUGUCCCCAUGUGCAGUUGCAAACCGUAGUCUGGCUUUUUUAUGGCGGUUUUGGAGCAGUGGCUUCUUCCUUGCUGAGUGGCCUUUCAGGUUAUGUCGAUAUAGGACUCGUUUUACUGUGGAUAUAGAUACUUUUGUACCGGUUUCCUCCAGCAUCUUCACAAGGUCCUUUGCUGUUAUUCUGGGUUUGAUUUGCACUUUUCGCACCAAAGUACGUUAAUCUCUAGGAGACAGAACGCGUCUCCUUCCUGAGCGGUAUGACAGCUGUGUGGUCCCAUGGUGUUUAUACUUGCAUACUAUUGUUUGUACAGAUGAACGUGGUACCUUCAGACGUUUGGAAAUUGCUCCCAAGGAUAAACCAGACUAGUGGAGGUCUACAAUGUUUUUUUGAUGUCUUGGCUGAUUUCUUUUGAUUUUCCCAUGAUGUCAAGCAAAGAGGCACUGAGUUUGAAGGUAGGCCUUGAAAUACAUCCACAGGUACACCUCAAAUUGACUCAAAUGAUGUCAAUUAGCCUAUCAGAAGCUUCUAAAGCCAUGACAUCAUUUUCUGGAAUUUUCCAAGCUGUUUAAAGGCACAGUCAACUUAGUACAUGUAAACUUCUGACCCAGUGGAAUUGUGAUACAGUGAAUUAUAAGUGAAAUAAUCUGUCUGUAAAUUGUUGGAAAAAUGACUUGUGUCAUGCACAAAGUAGAUGUCCUAAACGACUUGCCAAAACUAUAGUUUGUUAACAAGAAAUUUGUGGAGUGGUUGAAAAACGAGUUUUAAUGACUCCAACCUAAGUGUAUGUAAACUUCCGACUUCAACUGUAUGUAUGUCUGUCUGUAUGUACAGUGCCUUCAGAAAGUAUUCACCCCUUGACUUUUUUCCACAUUUUGUUGUUACAAAUUGGGAUUGAAUUGUUUUUCAACGAUCUACACAAAAUUCUCAGUCAAAGUGGAAGAAAAUGUUUUCCAUUUUUUAAAGAUGAAUGAAAAAUAAUACACUAAAAUCUUGAUUAGAUAUUCAACCCCCCGAGUUAAUAAAUGUUGGAAUCACCUUUUGGCAGCGAUUUACAGCUGUGAAUCUUUUUGGGUACGUCUCUAAGAGCUUUGCACACCUGGAUUGUACAAUAUUUGCCCAUUUAUUCUUUUUUAAACUCUUCAAGCUCUGUCAAGUUGGUUGUUGAUCAUUGCUUUGACAGCUAUUUUCAAGUCUUGCCAUAGAUUUUCAGCCCUAUUUAAGUCAACUGUAACUAGGCCACUCAGGACCAUUCAAUGUCCUCUUGGUAAAUAACUCCAGUGUAGAUUUGGCCUUGAGUUUUUGUUUGUUGUCCUGCUGAAAGGUGAAUUUGUCUCCCAGUGUCUGUUGGAAAGCAGACUGAACCAGGUUUUCCUCUAGGAUUUUGCCUGUGCAUAUCUCUAUUCCAUUUAUUUUUACCCCCCCCAAAAAACUAGUCCUGACCAAUGACGGGAAUAUCCAUAACAUGAUGCAGCCACCACCAUGCUUGAACAUAUGAAGUGCAGUACUCAGUGAUGUUGUGUUGGAUUUGUCCCAAACAUAAUGCUAUGCUUUUUUUUUUUUUUUGCAGUAUUACUUUAGUGCCUUAUUGCAAACAGGAUUACAUUUACAUUUAAGUCAUUUAGCAGACGCUCUUAUCCAGAGCGACUUACAGUUAGUGCAUACAUCACUUUAUUAAUUUUUUUCAUACCCCCCGUGGGAAUCGAACCCACAACCCUGGCGUUGCAAACUCCAUGCUCUACAAACUGAGCUACAUCCCCUGCCGGCCAUUCCCUCCCCUACCCUAGAUGACGCUGGGCCAAUUGUGCGCCGCCCCAUGGGUUUCCCGGUCGUGGCCGGCUACGACAGAGCCUGGAUUCGAACCAGGAUCUCUAGUGGCACAGCUAGCACUGCGAUGCAGUGCCUUAGACCACUGCGCCAUGUUUUUGAAUAUUUUUUUAUUCUGUACAGACUUCCUUCUUUUCACUGUCAUUUUAGGUUAGUAUUGUGGAGUAAUUACAAUGUUGUUGAUCCAUCCUGUCCUCCUCUCACAGCCAUUAAACUCUAACUGUUUUAAAAUCACCUUUGGCCUCAUGGUGAAAUCCCUGAGUGGUUUCCUACCUCUCCGGCAACUGAGUUAGGAAGGACACCUGUAUCUUUGUAGUGACUGGGUGUAUUGAUGCACCAUCCAAAGCGUAAUUAAUAACUUCACCAUGCUCAAAGGGAUAUUGAGUGUCUGCUUUUAGGUGCCCUUCUUUGCGAGACAUUGGAAAACCUCCCUGGUCGUUGUGGUUGAAUCUGUGCUUGAAAUUCACUGCUCGACUGAGGGACCGUACAGAUAAUUGUAUGUGUGGGGUACAGAGAUUGAGUACUCAUAAAAAAAUCAUGUUAACCACUAUUAUUGCACACAGUGAGUACAUGCAAUUUAUUAUGGGACUUGUUAAGCAAAUGUUUACUCCUGAAUCUAUUUAGGCUUGCCAUAACGAAAGGGUUGAAUAGUUAUUGACUCAAGACAUUUCAGCUUUUAAUUUUUUAUUAAUUCUAUAACAAAAUUCCACUUUUGGGUUAUUGUGUGUAGAUCAGUGGCACAACAUCUCAAUUAUAUCCAUUUUAAUUCAGGCUGUAACACAACAAAAUGGGGGGAGUCAAGGGGUGUGAAUACUUUCUGAAGGCACUUUAUCGGUGUCUGUCUCUGCGUUUACUGUGUAUAUAUCUGCAGUCUCAGUGGCAGGAGUCUGCUGACGCGCUCACUCUGCGUUAUGAACACUGUGUUUGCAUGUUCAUGUCCUGCCCUAGAUAUAGGGAGUAUGUGUGAGACCUGGCCAGAGGGACAGCCUGUUUGUCAGGGAAAAUGGACCUAGGCUGCUGACACAGCGCUGAACAAACAGCCAGCGUCUCAGUGUAGUUUGUGUCAGGAAUGUGUAUCUUUCGGUCAGUGUGUGUGGCGUGGCUGUGUCUCUCUGUGUCAGUGUGUGUGUUCUGACCGGGCUGCAGUGCUGGUGGGAGAGAUGGAGACAGUUAUCCGUGUCACUUCCCGUUGUCUCCUCCGCACGGCCGCCCCAGAGUGCGAGGCUGUCAUCCACUGCCACCCGCCCGACACGCAUUACUGUUCACUUCACUCAGAGUACCGUCAGCUCUACACACACACACACACACACACACACACACACACACACACACACACACACACACACACACACACACACACACACACAGCCAUUAUCCUGGGACCACAUUCUAUGUCCUUGUAUCUGUGUGUGUGUGUGUGUGUGCACGUGUAACAUCCCUCCUCUCUUCCCAUCUCUACAGAGGCUGUGUCCUACUUUCUCUAUAACCUGAUUGACGGCAUGUCUGAGGCAGAGGUGCAGGCUCAGGAGGACAAGCUCAGGCAGUACUUCAACCAGCUGAAGAGCAUGGUACACACAGACACGCACACAGAUAUUUGACUCAUCCCAUUCAUGAAUACAACCCUUCUGACAGGCUUACACGCGUUGAUCUCAGAUUAAGAGUUGUGUCUAUGCGGAUAAUGAGAUUCAGAAUACCCAUGUCCUAAAUUUCAGAUUAGCAAUCUGCCCCCUCCUAAAAUGGACAACCCCAGGUGAAAGAGGUGUUAUUUUAAUCCUGGUCUCCCGUGUUUGACCUGCAGGGUAUCGUCAUCCCAGGGAACAUCUACAGAGGGAUCAGGAACCUGCUAGACUCUUAUCACGUGCCUGAGCUCAUCAAGGUAUCUAAAGCCUAAAUCACUGACCACCUAGAAGACCAGUUCACAGCUACUGUAUGUGAAGGUAUUCUUAAUGGUGUCGCUUUGGUGUCUUUCUUACAUGGUUCUUUUGGUUUCUUUUAGGAUGUUAUCGCCCUGGUGGACAGCAAAGAACCUCUGAACUUCUCAGACAACAGAGUCAUUGUGAGUGUAUUCAUUGGGUUUUAGAGAUGUAGGUGAUGGUCAUUUUAGGGAGAGUGCAUGUAACGUUUUCCUGCUUACCUUUCAGAGUCUGGAUGGCAAGGUGUCGGCGCUGGAGAACAGGCUAGCUGAGCUGAAGGCUGACAGUAAACCAGUAGGAGCUACCCUGAAACAACUCAUCCUCACUCUGUGUGCUGAGGAGGUACAGUCUCAGCACACAUGCCCUCUUUCUUUUGGGUAAUGUUUGUUAAGCUUAAAACCUGGUUCAGUUGCAGAGUGAUAGUCUGCUGCUCGACAGUAAGACAAUUAAAUUAGGGUUGUUAAUAUGUCCUAAUGGGCCGGUGGACUAUUGUGGCUCUGCAGCUGUGAGCUAUGAGUUCAGCCUUAUGAUUAAGCGAUCUAGAUGAAGGUUGAUUUUUAAAGACCUCUUCUCUGUCUGACAGAAACUGGACAGGGCUCUGGAGCUGAAGAGCCAACAUGAGGCAGACAUGGUUGCCGGGGGCUAUGCUGCCCUCAUCCACCUCUGCUGUCGCAAUGACAAUGUGGAAGAGGCGCUGAACUUGAAAAGAGAGCUGUAAGUGGAUUGGGAAACACACAAACACACAUUCCCCUAUACUCGGUCCAGCCAAGCAUUAAAGUUGAACAUGAGCUGGAUUAGGAGAGACGUUAAUGCACUGAAUCCGGUGCGUACGUACCCCCGUCUCUCAUCUCCUCGCCCCAGACCCUGCGUCUGUCACGCCUCAGAAACAGAAAGGCCUCAGUGCUGCACUCACCUUCAGCUCCAAUCUGUCUUCUUUGCCAUGCACCGCUUCAUCAAAGAGGAGGUGGAGGAGGGGGGAUUGAGAAGGUGGGGGGUAGAGGAAUCUAAAUUGUAGGGAGAUGGGAGUUGCAAUUGUGACAUGAACUUCAUCGGCCACGUUCGAGAUCUUUCACAUACAGAUUUUUUAAAAAGUAUCUUUCCUUCUCUCCCUCUCCCCACACCCCUGUCUAGGAGCCGUAAGGAUUCCUCUGUGUCUCUGGAUUCCAGCAAGUACGUGGCUCUGGUCAAGGUCCUGACCAAGCAGGGCAGACUGGAAGGUGAGUGGGCAAUAGCCACCGCCAGGGCAACAUAGUCGAGGGAAGUUGCUUUCUGUUAAAGAUAGGCUUUCAGGGUUCCUUGUCCAGACUGCUGAGAAACCUUGCCUGAAAAGUCACCUUGCUUGAGACCUGAAGACUUGCGUUAGCUCCCCGAGCUAAUGCCUAGGCUUUAGCUCAGCAGGUUAACAAUAGACUCUGUCACAUUUUAGCGAUUUAAAUGUGUGGUUUGGUUAAACCUAUAUAUCUUUCUUUGCAAAAUACCUAUAUCCAUAAGCCGUAUGAAAGACACAGCAAAGUUCAACUCCUGAGUGAAGGAAGUGUUUGAUACAGUUAAAUGUCUGCUGAAGGAGUAAUGAGUUUCUCAGAGAGCAUGCUGUAUGCAUGUGGCGAGGAGCAGGCAGGAGCCGCCUCUUUCUCUCUCUCAGGACGCCCACAUUAACCAGCCAUUAUCUGAAUGCCACGGUGGGUUUCUGCCUGCCCAUGUAAGACCCAAUUACAAUAAAAGUGUUUCUUCUUUGCUUUGUGCACACAGUGACAGCGUAAAUGUGUGCCCCGUCUCUCUCACGCUACCUCUCUCGCUCUUUCCUUCAAGAUGCGUGUCACUCUCACCCCCCCCCCCCCUUUCUGUUCGCCUCGUCUCUCCCCCGUCACAGAGAGGGAGAGAGAAAAUUACAGGACUCGCGCUACUUUAACAGAAUUACAGAAAUCCGUCCUGAUACUAAUGGCAUAUCAUGUCCGGGAAAGUGCUUGAACAUUUCACACACACAAAUUUGCAUGUGAAUUCAAGCAGAGGUGCUGUGAAGGGGGGAGGGGGGGGGGGGGGGGGUUAGCUGGCCAUUAGCCCCAGUGAGUGCGGCUUGUCAUCCACAUUAGCACACCUCGUUGCCCUGGCCUAUCGGGCCGCGCUACAGACAGCCAGGUCCGUGCUGAAGAUCAUGACUUGUGGCAGGACCGCUCACUGGCGCCCCGCUUUUAAUGGCUUUGUUGUUUUCCUUCCUUCCUUUACCUCCACCUUCACCUCUCCACCUUUCCCUUCGUCCCUCCACCCCCCCUGCAUAGCGAUAGCUAAAGCCUCUGUGCGGUCCUCCGGUAAACACAGCCUUGGGUGUGCAGGGGCCUAGUGGAACACAAGGCAGGGAAAUUAGAGGGAUUAAUGGCCUGUGUGAUAUUUGUUUACCUGGCCGUGGCAGUGUGUGGCUGGAUGAGUUUCAGAUCCCUGGCUGGCUGGCUUGGCUGAUAUACAUACCACUCCGUCUGCUUGGCCGCCUAGCCUCCAUUUGGUCACGUUAGCGCCGAGCCACUGGUCGUGGUGAUUAGUGGUGCCGUCAGGAAGGAGAGAAGGGAUGAGCUGUCUCUCUUCUGAUGCGCGCUCAUUCCCUCAUAGGCUAGCUAACAUGUUCCUUCCCCCAGUACGACUCUCCGCUGGUGUGUGUAACGUGCUGAUGGACAGUCAUGGGUAGUCAGUGAGUGGGUAACUUUUCCCCCCUAACCCCCCCACUCUCGUUAACUUGGAUUUGAUCCUAAGGUCAGAUUUCCUCUAUCCCUGGCCCAGUGAGUUCACACCUACAGCUAAGGAUUUCAACUCUACCCUCCUAGUCCAGUUCUCAAGGGCUGCAGUGUUUGCUGGUGUCCUACCCCUUGAUACUUGGUACUUGAUUUAUCAAUCGUUUUCAUAGAACCACACAGCUGCUGGUUUUCCAUGUUUUCUAAGUCAGUUGUCUGCAGGUUUUCAUCCAAUACCAUUCAAUCACAAUGAGGCCCUAGCCUACAGGCAGCAAACCAAACCUUUCUGGGGGACAGCAUCCUAGGCUUUCUUUGUCAUUAGUCAAGGCUCUGAUUCCUCUCCACAGUAUCAAAUCACAUUUUAUUUGUCACAUACGCCGAAUACAACAGGUGUAGACCUUUACAGUGAAAUGCUUACUUACAAGCCCUAAACCAACAAUGCAGUUUUAAGAAAGAAUACCAAAAAAAAACACACAAAAAAAUAUAAAAUAAUACGAAAUAAAAGUAAGAAAUAAUUUAAGAGCAGCAGUAAAAAUAACAAUAGGGAGGCUAUAUACAGUGGGUACCGGUACCGAGUCAAUGUGCGGAGGUACAGGUUAGUUGAGGUAAUUGAGGUAAUAUGUACAUGUAGGUGUAGUUAUUAAAGUGACUAUGCAUAAAUAAUUAACAGAGUAGCAGCAGCGUAAAAUGGGGGGGGGGGGGGAUGCAAAUAGUCCGGGUAGCCAUUUGAUUAGAUGAUCAGGAGUCUUAUGGCUUGGGGGUAGAAGCUGUUUAGAAGCCUCCCUGACGAAGGCCAUGCAGCCGAAACGCGUCUGAUUUUUUAAAAAUCUAUUGAACAUGCCAUACUAAUAUAGGCAUUUUAAUUAAUUAUAUGAAGAGUGCCUUGGUCUUCCUUUCUUUUUGAUGACCAAUUCACCCCUUUGACCAAAGAGCGCCUUCUGUCUACCAACAUUUACUAAUGUGUACCUUAGUAGCGCUUCCCUUUCUCCUCUUUCUACCUGUUUAGAAGCCUCUUGGAUCUAGACUUGGCGCUCCGAUACACCGCCUGGUAUAGAGGUCCUGAAUGGCAGGAAGCUUGGCCCCAGUGAUGUACUGGGCCGUACGCACUACCAUCUGUAGUGCCUUGCGGUCGGAGGCCGAGCAGUUGCCAUACCAGGCAGUGAUGCAACCAGUCAGGAUGCUCUCGAUGGUGCAGCUGUAGAACCUUUUGAGGAUCUGAGGACCCAUGCCAAAUCUUUUCAGUCUCCUUAGGUUUUGCCGUGCCCUCUUCACCACUGUCUUGGUGUGCUUGGACCAUGUUAGUUUGUUGGUGUUGUGGACACCAAGGAACUUGAAGCGCUCAACCUGUUCCACUACAGCCCCGUCGAUGAGAAUGGGGGCGUGCUCAGUCCUCUUCUUUUUUCUGUAGUCCACAAUCAUCUCCUUUGUCUUGAUCACGUUGAGGGAGCAGUUGUUGUCCUGGCACCACACGGCCAGGUCUCUGACCUCCUCCCUAUAGGCUGUCUCAUCGUUGUCGGUGAUCAGGCCUACCACUGUUGUGUCAUCAGCAAACUUAAUGAUGGUGUUGGAGUCGUGCCUGGCCAUGCAGUCAUGAGUGACCAGGGAGUACAGGAGGGGACUGUGCACGCACCCCUGAGGGGCCCCUGUGUUGAUCAGCGUGGCGGAUGUGUUGUUAACUACCCUUACCCACCUGUGGGCGGCCCGUCAGGAAGUCCAGGAUCCAGUUGCAGAGGGAGGUGUUUAGUCCCAGGGUCCUUAGCUUAGUGAUGAGCUUUGAGGGCACUAUGGUGUUGAACGCUGAGCUGUAGUCAAUGAAUAGCAUUCUCACAUAGGUGUUCCUUUUGUCCAGAUGUGAAAGGGCAGUGUGGAGCGCAAUAGAGAUUGCAUCAUCUGUGGAUCUGUUGGUGGUAUGCAAAUUGGAGUGAGUCUAGUGUUUCUGGGAUAAUGGUGUUGAUGUGAGCCAUGACCAGCCUUCCAAAGCACUUUAUGGCUACAGACGUGAGUGCUACGGGUCGGUAGUCAUUUAGGCAGGUUACCUUAGUGUUCUUGGGCACAGGGACUAUGGUGGUCUGCUUGAAACAUGUUGGUAUUACAGACUCAGACAGGGAGAGGUUGAAAAUGUCAGUGAAGACACUUGCCAGUUGGUUAGCGCAUGCUUGUAGUACACAUUCUGGUAAUCCGUCUGGCUCUGCGGCCUUGUGAAUGUUGACCUGUUUAAAGGUCUUAUUCACAUCGGCACGGAGAGCGUGAUCACACAGUCGUCCGGAACAGCUGAUGCUCUAAUGCAUGUUUCAGUGUUACUUGUCUCGAAGCGAGCGUAGAAGUAAUUUAGCUCGUCUGGUAGGCUCGUGUCACUGGGCAGCUCGCGGCUGUGCUUCCCUUUGUAGUCUGUAAUAGUUUGCAAGCCCUGCCACAUCCGACAAGCGUCGGAGCCGGUGUAGUACGAUUCGAUCUUAGUCCUGUAUUGACGCUUUGCCUAUUUGAUGGUUCGUCUGAGGGCAUAGUGGGAUUUCUUAUAAGCGUCCGGGUUAGAGUCCCGCUCCUUGAAAGCGGCAGCUCUACCCUUUAGCUCAGUGCGGAUGUUGCCUGUAAUCCAUGGCUUCUGGUUGGAGUAUGUACAGUUGAAGUCGGAAGUUUACAUACACCUUAGCCAAAUACAUUUAAACUCAGUUUUAAGGACUUUGUUGUCCUUAAGCCAUUUUGCCACAACUUUGGAAAUAUGCUUGGGGUCAUUGUCCAUUUAGAAGACCCAUUUGCGACCAAGCUUUAACUUCCUGACUGAUGUCUUGAGAUGUUGCUUCAAUAUAUCCACAUAAUUUUCCUUCCUCAUGAUACCAUCUAUUUUGUGAAGUGCACCAGUCCCUCCUGCAGCAAAGCACCACCACAGCUUGAUGCUGCCACCCCCGUGCUUCACGGUUGGGAUGGUGUUCUUCGGCUUGCAAGCUACUCCCCUUUUCCUCCAAACAUAACGAUGGUCAUUAUGGCCAAACAGUUCUAUUUUUGUUUCAUCAGACCAGAGGACAUUUCUCAAAAAUGUACGAUCUUUGUCCCCAUGAGCAGUUGCAAACCGUAGUCUGGCUUUUUUAUGGCGGAUUUGGAGCAGUGGCUUCUUCCUUGCUGAGCGGCCUUUCAGGUUAUGUCGAUAUAGGACUCGUUUUACUGUGGAUAUAGAUACUUUUGUACCUGUUUCCUCCAGCAUCUUCACAAGGUCCUUUGCUGUUGUUCUGGGAUUGAUUUGCACUUUUCGCACCAAAGUACGUUCAUCUCUAGGAGACAGAACGCGUCUCCUUCCUGAGCGGUAUGACGGCUGCGUGGUCCCAUGGUGUUUAUACUUGCAUACUAUUGUUUGUACAGAUGAACGUGGUACCUUCAGGCGUUUGGAAAUUGCUCCCAAGAAUGAACCAGACUUGUGGAGGUCUACAAUUUCUUUUUUGAAGUCUUGGCUGAUUUUCUUUUGAUUUUCCCAUGAUGUCAAGCAAAGAGGCACUGAGUUUGUAGGUAGGCCUUGAAAUACAUCCACAGGUACACCUUCAAUUCACUCAAAUGAUGUCAAUUAGCCUAUCAGAAGCUUCUAAUGCCCUGCCAUCAUUUUCUGGAAUUUUCCAAGCUGUUUAAAGGCACAGUCAACUUAGUGUGUGUAAACUUCUGACCCACUGGAUUUGUGAUACAGUGAAUUAUAAGUGAAAUAAUCUGUCUGUAAACAAUUGUUGGAAAAAUUACUUGUGUCAUGCACAAAGUAGAUGUCCUAACCAACUUGCCAAAACUAUAGUUUGUUAACAAGCAAUUUGUGGAGUGGUUGAAAAACACGUUUUAAUGACUCCAACCUAAGUGUAUGUAAAAUUCCGACUUCAACUGUACGUACAGUCACUUUGGGGACGACGUCAUCGAUGCAUUUAUUGAUUAAGCCAGUGACUGAUGUGGUAUACUCCUCAAUGCCAUCGGAAGAAUCCCGGAACAUAUUCCAGUCUGUGCUAGCAAAACAGUCCUGUAGCUUAGCACUGGUGCUGCCUGCUAUAUCAUCCCUAGAAAAAUCUAUUCAGAGACCCAGUGAAGGGGAUGUCCACAGGUACAUGUAGGGUCCCCUCUAGAGGGACAUGACCCAACUGGGCCCUGUUCAGAUCCAUAUCCACCCCAUCCCUAUCAUGACACCCCGGGGAGAGAACAGAAUGAGCCCCAGACACAAAACAAAAGCUGCCUCUUAGAAACCCAGUGUGACCCACAUGAACCCUCGCCCCUCAACCCCCACCCCUCUUCCCCUUUCCAAUUUCCCUUUUUGCUUCAUUAAAUCUGUGACAGUCACAGACGGUGCCUCAUUUGCAUAACAACGCGUGAAAAUGAGUGGGGACGGAGAGAUUGAGAGGCAGACUGGAAUUUGGAUGCCAAAGCGCGCACCAGUGUGCCUCGUACGUGUGUGUGCGCUGUCGUGUCACUGGAGUGUUCAGCCCUAAGAGAACACUCUGGUUGAAGAGGUAGAAUAGCUAGCCAGAGAACUAGACUGCCAGAACUGGAGGGAUGGUUUGAUCCAAAUGCACACACCUGGAGUGUUCAACACAGGGUCCUUUCUAUUCUGUGGCUUUUGUUGCGUCUGCUAGCCACAGCACUCACACUGUGAGGAGCAAUUGGGGUUUGAGGCCAAAUUAGGCCAGAUCUCACAUAUGCGUGGCAGUUGAGGGCCAAAGCCAAUGAAUGUUUGUUUGUGUGUGUGUGUCUACAUGGGGUGGGUACUGGCGAGCUAGAUGUUUUCUUUUUCUCCCUGACCAGGCUGUGAUGAUUAGUAUCACCGGUGCAAACAGACCCUAUCGGUAUCAGCACAUUAGCACGCCUCUAAACACAGUGUAAACACAUCUUAAUUAUCUUGCCCUGCCACAGAGCAGCUGACUGCUGCCGGGGGAGAGAGACGAGAAGAGGAGAGCAUCCUCACUUCGCACGGCCCGGUCAGCCAGAUGGGAGCCCGGCCUGCUGAAAAGCCUCCAUUAUUACGGUGGCCGCUGAGUGCCGGGCCUCUGUAGGACCCCGGGCCAGGGCACGCCGGGCACUCGACGCACACCUAUAAUUUAGGCCCAGCGCUUUCGGCACAGGGACGGGAAAAAACGGCCCGGUAAUUGUAGUCUCGUUUAGAAAUGCAAGUAGCAAUUAGCAGGAAAUUGGCAUUAUACGGACCGAUUUGCAUUCCUGCUGGGUGUAAAAUGCUGUUUUAAUAGCGGUUUGUUUUCCCCACAUGAAAUUAUCUAAGGGGCCUUUUAUCGCCUUCCCAUCUCUCUCUCUCUCGCUUUCAUUCUCUCUGCUUCUUCCCUCUCUCUCUCUCCCCCUCUCGCUUUCAUUCUCUCUCCUUCUUCCCUCUCUCUCUCUCCCCCUCUCGCUUUCAUUCUCUCCCUCUCUUUCAUUUGGAGUCUCCCCAUCAAGUGAGAUUGGGCUCUGACUACUUAUUUGAACCACCCCAUUGUAGAUCCUGGCCCCCUAAGUCUCUCUAGGACAAGGCAGUUAAGGCAGAAGUAGCUGACCGUAAGACUAGCUGACACUUGUUGGCAUUCGCUUAUCGUUUUAUCAGCAUGCCUUUGGCCAGUUCCCAUGUUGACUUUCUCUCUCCCCGCCUCUCUCUCUUCUCUCCUCCCUCCAUCUCUCUCCCCCCUCCAUCUCUCUCCCCCCUCCCUCCAUCUCUCUCCCCCCAUCUCUCUCCCCCCUCCCUCCCUCUCUCUUCUCCCCCCUCCUUCUCUCUUCUCCCUCUCUCUUCUCCCCCUCCAUCUAUCCCCCCCCAUCAGAGGCGGUGGACAUGCUGAAGGAAAUGAAGGAGAAGGAGGUGGCUGUGAGGGACACCACAGUGACCCUGCUCUUCCACGUCCUCAACGCUGUGGCCAUGAAGGGGGAUGUGGCGGCUGUCCGCAGGCUCCAAGACACCAUCUUCACCCUGGGCCUGGCCAAGCCCACCGCCAACCUCUGCUCUCCCCUGGUCUCAGCCCACCUGGAGACGUGAGUAUUAUUCCCUCCUCCAAUCCUAACAGCUGUCAGGUACUCUAUAGGACUCAUGGGAUAGGCUCCAGUGUCCAGACUAUGUACUAGCAUCAGACCUGGGUUCAAAUAUAUGUGUAUUUUAGUAUUUUCAAAUAAUGUGACCAUUUUCAGAUAACUUCUAUAAAUAACCUACUACCUUAAAACUUCAAUGAAUAGCCCAGGCGUUUAUUUGCUUAAAUCACUGAAUACAACAGGCGGUUAUUAGAGACAGGCUUCGAUUUGAGCCAGGUGUCUAUUUCCAUAAUGCACACAGCUUUUGCACAUUUGCAUAGUUAAUUGUUUGAUUCAAGCUUUCACUUCCAGCAUUUUAAUCAAUUUCUUCAUUUCAUGCACUGUUAUUUACACACUGUCACAUUUAUUUUGUCUUAGUAUGCCUCUAUUAAAAAAUAACUGUUUGUGUGCUUGUCAGUUAGCUAGCAGCUCUCCACUGUUAGCAGCCAAUGGGUAGUAGUUUCUUACUGCCGAUAAAAAUGGAUCAUUGCCAUCAUUUUUUCGAGUCAUAACUGAAUUAUUGAAUGUAUCAAAUCAAACAUUAAACCUCGUAAACAAUUCAUUUAGACACGGCUUUUAUUUGAAACAGACUUUUAUUUGCUGAAAUGUGUGCCGUUGCCCGGCUAUUAACAGGGACAGGCGGCUAUUUGGGACUGUUUAUUCUAAGUUUUACGGUAUUUUAAAUACUAGCACCUGGGUUCAAAUGCAUGGGAGUAUUUAUUUGUAUUUGAGUAUAUCUCAAUAUUUACUUUGAAAUGUAUUUGAAAGUAAUUAAGGUAUUUUAAAUAGUAUUUGAACCCAGGUCUGACUAGCAUACCACUAGAAUGCAUUCCCAACAGUAAUGCUUCAUUCUAAGUGGUGGAAUGGAACAGAGCCCAGAUGAUGUCAUCCAACAGGGUACCUGAACACUUCCUCUGGGAAAAGGACUUCCUGUGUCUCACUCUGCUUUGUUGUUCCUCAUUGGCUGUGGUGGAUCAUGUGAGCCAGAGUCCUGAUCAUGCUUGAAGGAGCAUUCUGGGUAACUGGUUCAGUCAGAGAGAUGGUUUGGAUCUGGGUCUGGGCUGUGUGUGUUUGUCUUUCUAACAGAGGUGGGGAUCGGCCAGCUGCUGUACCCCUAACCACCGUAUCCUCCCCCUCCUCACCCCUAUUUACAUAACUCUGACUCACGCUCCGCUUCUCUGAGAUGGCUAUCGAUGCCUUCUCGCUAAAAAUGCAAUAUGCAAAUCAGUCUGGGGAAAAAGCUGUGUUUCUGGGUUCCGAGGCCCCAUGGCCCCACCCCUCAGUCCCUGUUCAGGUCUAUUUGUGAGAACAGCUUUUAAGUAGAUCAACUCAUUUGCAUGUUAAUUAUGUACAGAGCACUAAUUGCUGGAUUUGCCACAGCCAUGCGGCGCGCUGUUCGAAGCAACCCCCCUUCGCCCCCACCUCAAUACACACACACACACCCUUUUCCCCUAACAUGCUCUGGGAGAGGGUGUACCAAGGGUGUACCUUCACACACAUGGACGUUUGACACACACACACACACACAGCAGCGUGGUGCAGGCGCCCCCCUGGGGCUGUUUGUUUGCUGUCAGUCAGUGUUCAACACAAACACACUGUGGAGGUUCAUGCCUUAAUUGCUGCCUGCUCUGAGAUUAGCUUGGUAAUUUCCCCCAGGUUCAUUAGCAGCAGUGAAAACAAGGGAUCUCUCUUCUCCCUGCACAGAGCAGAGCCACUUUCAGCACUGAACGACAGGUUCACUGGGCUCACAAUACAAUACACCCCAAUACACUGGGGUUUGGGAGUUAGGGCGAGGAAUGCUUAUAGAGGGAUUUAUAGACCUCUAAAGAACCUCUCUGUGGCAUAGUAUAGCCUAGACCUCAUCUUGGCACAAAGUUUAGAGUUGAAAGUUAAGGAUUUUAGUCCUUGUCUUGUUUUUUUCAUACCCAGAAGAAGGUUUCCCGUUCUCUUCACGUCUCCUCCCUUUAUCUUUUCUACAUCUAUCUCUUUUCAUCUCCAUCUUUCCCCUUUCUUCUCCAUAUUUAUCCCUUCCCAUCUCCUCCACUAUUCAUCCCUCCUUUUCGCUCUCCAUCUCAUCCCCUCCUCUUUCCCAUCUCUCUGUUCGUGCCGUCAGUCAGGGCGGCGGAGGACAAAGCGCUACGUGUCAUUCUGGCGACGCUGUCUCAUCACAGUGUCAGCAGUAAUGACUUAAUGAACACUUCUCCCCCAGAUUAAAGCUGACAGCCCGUCAGCCUAGCCAGUUAGCCGCCGCGUAGCGCCGAGCACCGCUCCAACACACUGUCUCUCUCUCUCAGAGACGCUAACCGCUAGCUAACUGCCUUACUGGAUCCAUAUCCCUGAUUAGCACCCCUGCAAUGCUAAUGAGCCUAACAAUGGGAGGUGGGAGAGACGAGUCUUGGAGGGGAGAGGGGGUGGGGGGGUUAUUAAGAGUUGGAGAUCAGACAGGAGAGCUGUCAGACGGCUGCGGCUUGAGAUGGAGAACUGGAUUCACUCCUAGUGUGUGUGUGUGUGUGAGGGGGCUGAGGGACAAAUUGGGAGUGGAGUAUGUAAGUGCAGCUGUACAGCAGAAAUAGGGAACAGAGACACAGACUAGCCAUUAACUUGGACUUGACCACAGAUUAAUCAAUAUGUCUGUCACUGUGUGUACAGAAUAUACUGUAUGUUAUGGCUUAGCAGCUGUGUCUUAAUGGCACCUUGACACUCAUAACAGCAGGCUAGAGGUGUCACGAUCAAACACCACACACACACUCGCUCCCCUACACACACACACACCCUCUGCUGCGCGGCCCUCCCUCCCUUCCAGGGGACAGUGGUGUGAUAACGGGAAUGCCAAUCUCUGUGUAACAAAAGAGGGGGAGGAAGGAGAGGGGUGCAAAGAAAUAAUGAAAGGAUGGAAAGAAAUGAGCUUUCUUGUCUAAUCCUUCAGGUUCUGUGCGUAAAGCACUCGCCGCCACCACCAUCUUUUUUCAGGACUUAAUUGGCUGGAAAGUGCUUGACAUGCAAAGUUUGUGACAUUAACGGGGGAACGUGUUUGAGUAAAUCGGAGCGCAAGUGACAGCUAAAUUGUACCUAGGGAAAUUAUGAAGCCUUCAACAUGGUUAAUUCUCUUUUUGGUUGGGAGAUGGGAGGAGAGGGCGCUGUAAUUGCGAUGCUGGUCGCUUUUGCCAGAACUGUCGGGAGUUUCUAAAGACGUUUUUUCCUGUAAGAAGGGGUUUGGGGUAUUUGGGUGGGCGGAAUGGAGGUGUCGUCGAAUGGUGGGAGGGGGGUGUAAAUAUCUAUGAUCGACCGUCUUGGAAUUAAAUGAUUCUGUAGAAUUUCACAGAAUACCUUUGGAACGAGGGAACACUGACUGAGUGCAUGUAUGGCUGGAACUUAACUCCAGUUUAAAGGGUUUAUACACACACAUAUACAUACGCCUGGCAGGUAGACCACAGGUCACUAUAUUCCUGUCCAGCAAAAGUUUGUCCCUGACUUUUUUUGAAUAAAUUACACCUUCUCUCUCCCUCUCUCUCUGCUGCUCUCAUUCUCUGGAGAGUGGCUGUUCAAUCAGGAAGCGAGUGGUUGAAUUGCCUCUUGACUCCUGCUUGAUGAAUAAUGUUGUCGCUCUUCAUUUCAAUUAAAACCGAUUGCCUGAGAGCCCAGUUUGUGUUCUAAGCUCAAUCACAUCCUGUGUUUUGUCCGUAUCCGCCCCCCCUCUCCUCUCGAUUCUGCCCAUACCAAGGUCAGACUUUUUUUGGGUGGGAGGCACAUUUCCUUGUCCGGUGGCUGUAUAAUCUACAAGAGUAGAAAACACUACAGAAAUUAUACCUGUUACUCCUUCCCUCCCCCCUCUCUCUCUGGCUCGCUGUACCACCACACCUGACCCCCUCCCAACGGUGCCCUAUCUGCUGUGACCUCUGUGUGAUUGGCAUGGUAAUUACCCAAUCAACAGAUUGAUGGCAGCGCAGUCACAAUAGAAGGGAUUGGAGUGGUGUUUUUCUGUCUUUAUUUCUCCAUCAGCCCUCUGUCAGCCCAACUCCCAGGCUCUUUGUUCAGGGGGAGGAGCGGGAGGAGGGUGGAGAUGGCACGGGGAGCGCUCUAAUUUUGUUGCCAUAUUCCUCUAAAUUGCGCAGCUGGGGGUGAGGUGAGGGGGGUGAGGGAUGCUGACAGCGUUGGAACACAGGAGAGAAGGCUAAAGAUCACAAAAGAGGUUGUUUCCCGUCUAUUCAUCCAUUCACCCUGGAAAAGCCCUAUAUUUUUAUUCAUUUGUUCUACCAGAGAGAGUUGUCAAAGGAACGUGGCCAAUUGCCUCAUCUCCUGGUUGACCUGUCAGGGCUGAAAAGGGCACCAUCGUCAGUCGUUUGUGACGGAGGUCAUAGGCCUGGAAUAGUCUUGUUUUCUCUCAGCCAUAUAGAUUUGAUUGUAAAUUAAUGCUCUCUUUCUCUCACUGUGUCUGUGUGUGUCUCACCAGUAAGGACCUUGGUGGGGCGCUGGACGCAGCUAUGGAGUGUCAGAAGCAGUAUGGCCAACUCCCACGUAUCCACGACGUCAUCUGUGGCCUG